GGUCGGUUAGUAAUAACGUGGACGCUGUCAUCAUCAACAUGCUGAGAACAAUUCCGAUUUGGGCGCUGCUUAUUUGUAGUGCGGUCACCGUGGCGGAAGCAAAGCCGUUCUUCGUAAAGGUUUUUGCGCCAAUUAAUGGUUACUCCAGUGGCACUGUCACAUCCACUGCAACGGUGGCACCCGUCAACACUCAGUUGAUCUCUAAUCUUAUAUCGACGAAGAUUCAACUACUUAAUAGUUUUCUGCAAGCCAAAUCAUCCUUUGGCGGAUUUGGCAUCCAGAAGCAGAUCACAUUUACAUCGGGCUCCACAUCAACAACGGAGAAGGCAGUGACCCAGCAAACCACAGAGGUAAACACAGAUUUUAUUCCGGAAGUUAGCUCCAGCACUCAAUCUGUGUACACAACAACAACAGACGGCGACAUUGCGACGCCGAAGCCUACAGUACAUCCCGUCAAGCCAAUUACAACGUCAACGUCACUGAUACCCACGCAGAGCACCACCGAGGGCACAGUGGAGUCUACAACGGGAAGUACCCCCGGAUACACCUAUCAGACACCCUCAUCCACCACCCAUGGAUACGAGUACCAGACCCCCACACCCAGUACCAGCUCUAGCACCGUGAGCGCCUAUUACUUGCCCGUCUCUCGAUACUAAAUAUCUUAGUAUAUACUCGAGUGUACUCACUCGCAGCUGUGUAGGUAUUUGUAGUAUAUAAGUUAAGCGCAGCUAUCGAAUGUUUAUCUAUUAACUGAUACUCAACUCUAAUCGUUUCAUUGGCGAUAAUUAGAAUACAUCUUAAAAUCUUUGAGAA